AAAAACGCCACCAACUAGAAAGCUACAGUAGCAGCAGCUCCACUCUACUGUAUCAAAAACUCACCACCGUGAGCUGUUCUGAGAAAUAGGGCAAAAGGAUUCAAAGAAAGAAGAAAGAGAGCAGAUCUCAUCAGGGAUAAUGCUGCUAUCCUCUUUCUCCUCCUCUUUCUCAUGUCUUGUUGCUCUUGUGCUGCUUGUGGAUGCGGUUCUUGCUGGGGAUCCCUUUGCGUUCCUCGACUGGAAGGUCUCCUACAUAUCGGCCUCCCCCCUCGGAGUCAAACAACAGGUUAUCGGAAUCAAUGGAAAGUUCCCAGGACCUACUGUCAAUGUGACAACUAACUGGAAUGUAGUGGUGAAUGUCAAAAAUGAUUUAGAUGAACCAUUUCUCGUCACAUGGAAUGGUUUUCAGCAGCGAAAAAACUCUUGGCAGGAUGGUGUUUCAGGGACCAAUUGUCCCAUACCUUCUGGUUGGAACUGGACAUAUCAGUUUCAAGUCAAGGAUCAGAUAGGAAGCUUCUUCUAUUUUCCUUCUACCAACUUUCAGAAAGCUGCGGGUGGUUAUGGUGGGACUAUCAUAAAUAACAGAGCUGUGAUUCCAGUUCCCUUUGGGAUGCCUGAUGGGGAUAUAACAAUCUUUAUCAGUGACUGGUAUAUUAGGGACCACAAGGAACUUAGGAAAACUCUUGAAGAUGGAGGUGAUCUUGGAGUGCCUGACGGUGUAAUCUUUAAUGGACUGGGACCUUAUCGUUACAAUGACACAAAUGUUCCUGACGGCAUAGCAUAUGAGACAAUAAAUGUUGAACCAGUUCUUUUUGAACCAGGGAAGACAUACCGUUUCCGAGUGCACAAUGCAGGCAUCUCAACAUGUCUAAAUUUCAGAAUCCAAAACCAUAACCUGCUGCUUGUAGAGACUGAAGGGUCGUAUACUGUUCAGCAGAAUUAUUCAAACUUGGACAUCCAUGUUGGACAAUCAUAUUCCUUCUUGAUCACAAUGGAUCAAAAUGCUAGCAGUGAUUACUAUAUUGUAGCCAGUGCUCGAUUUGUCAAUGCAACUGUUAGGGAUAAAGUUACUGGGGUUGCUGUACUUCAUUACUCCAAUUCGCAGGGUCCUGCUUCAGGUCCACUUCCUGAUGGACCUGAUGAAGCGGACACAUAUAGUUCAAUGAACCAAGCAAGGUCAAUCAGAUGGAAUGUCACUGCUAGUGGAGCUCGACCCAAUCCACAGGGAUCUUUCCGAUAUGGAGAUAUCACUGUUACAGAUGUGUAUGUAAUAGUUAGCAAACCCAUAGAGCUUAUUGAUGGGCGAUGGUGUGCGACAUUGAAUGGAAUUUCUUAUAUUUCCCCUGCAACACCUCUGAAGCUUGCACAACAAUUUAAUGUGCCAGGAGUUUAUAAGCUUGAUUUUCCAAAUCACAUGAUGAACAGACCUCCAAAAAUUGAUACAUCUAUAAUUAAUGGUACUUAUAAAAGUUUCACAGAAAUUAUACUCCAGAAUAAUGGUACCAGUGUUCAAAGCUACCACAUGGAUGGAUACGCAUUCUUUGUUGUCGGGAUGGACUUUGGAACCUGGACAGAGAAUAGCAGAGGUACUUACAAUAAGUGGGAUGGUGUUGCUCGUUGCACAACACAGGUAUUUCCUGGGGCAUGGACAGCCAUCCUUGUUUAUCUUGACAACGUAGGUAUAUGGAAUUUGCGUGCAGCAAAUCUGGAUACCUGGUACCUUGGCCAGGAAGUAUAUGUGAGCGUUGUCAAUCCAGAAAUUAACACGAAAACCGACCUCCCUAUGCCUGAUAAUGCUAUCUUUUGUGGUGCAUUAUCAACCUUACAAAAUCAGCAGUCCCAUAAAUUUAAAUUUUCCAAAGCUUCAUCCCUCAUCAAUUUAAGCGAUAUCAGAUUUGUUUGGAUUCUCACUAUGUGGCUUGGUGUUCUUGUCUUGUGACCUGAGUACCAACCAGCAAUACUAAUGUGGCGGCGGGUGUUCUUGUCUUGUGACCUGAGUACCAACCAGCAAUAUUAAUG